UCAGUGAGCGCCAGAAAGUUCUGCCAGACCCAGGAAAGAUGGCUGCCGCGUGUCGGAGCGUGAAGGGCCUGGUCGCAGUAAUAACCGGAGGAGCCUCGGGCCUUGGUCUGGCCACCGCAGAGCGACUUGUAGGGCAGGGGGCCAGUGCUGUACUUCUGGACCUGCCCAACUCGGAUGGGACGGCCCAGGCCAAGAAGUUAGGGAAAAGCUGCGCUUUCGCCCCAACCGACGUGACCUCAGAGAAGGACGUGCAAGCAGCCCUGACUCUAGCAAAAGAAAAGUUUGGUCAUGUGGAUGUGGCAGUCAACUGUGCAGGCAUUGCAGUUGCUAUCAAGACAUACAACUCAAAGAGGAGCCAGGCCCAUACCUUGGAGGACUUCCAGCGAGUUCUCAAUGUGAAUCUCAUAGGCACCUUCAAUGUCAUUCGUCUGGUGGCUGGUGAGAUGGGCCAGAAUGAGCCAGACCAAGGAGGCCAACGUGGGGUCAUCAUCAACACUGCCAGUGUGGCUGCCUUCGAGGGCCAGGUUGGACAAGCUGCCUAUUCUGCUUCCAAGGGGGGCAUAGUAGGCAUGACACUGCCCAUUGCUCGAGAUCUGGCUCCCAUGGGCAUCCGGGUGAUGACCAUUGCUCCAGGCCUGUUUGGCACCCCACUGCUGACCAGCCUCCCAGAGAAAGUGCGAAACUUCCUGGCCAGCCAGGUGCCCUUCCCCAGCCGACUGGGUGACCCUGCCGAGUAUGCUCAUCUGGUACAGGCCAUCAUUGAAAACCCAUUCAUCAAUGGAGAGGUCAUCCGGCUGGAUGGGGCCAUCCGCAUGCAGCCUUGAAGGGGGUGGGGAAUAGAGCAAACCUAUUCCUCUGCCCCUCCUUUCACUGGGCUACUACCAGCUUGGGAGGAUGCACAGUAUAGCCAUUUUGUAACUCUCCCAUCAGUUACCCUCUGUGCCUAAAUAAAGUUUCUACUUCUCACA